CUUCCGAUCUUCGCCUCCAUAGCCACCUCGGUCUCCUCCGUAGCCCCCACCUCGGUCUCCUCCAUAGCCGCCACCACUCCUGUCUCCUCCAUAGCCUCCACUUCGGUCUCCACCGUAGCCACUGCCACCACCACGGUCUCCUCCAUAGCCCCCCCGGCUUCUGUCUCCUCCAUAGCCUCCUCGAUCUCCUCCAUAACCUCCUCGAUCUCCUCCGUAACCUCCUCGAUCUCCUCCAUAGCCUCCUCGGUCUCCACCAUAGCCUCCACCUCGGUCUCCUCCAUAGCCACCUCGAUCUCCUCCAUAGCCACCUCCUCGGUCUCCUCCAUAGCCGCCUCCUCUGUCCCCACCAUAGCCGCCGCCUCUGUCCCCACCAUAGCCACCCCCACUUCUGUCUCCACCAUAGCCGCCCCCACUUCUAUCUCCGCUGUAGCCACCACCGCUGCUUCUGUCUCCACCAUAGCCACCCCCACUUCUGUCUCCACCAUAGCCGCCUCGGUCUCCACCUCUGCCCCCACGACCUCUGUAGCCCCUCUCUCCACC